UUGUGGACUGAGGCGACAGUGCAGCGGGUUCAGCACACCUCAGUGAUUGAGUGUGUGUGUUAGAGUUCAUCUCGUGUUGGAGAUAAAAACCCAGAGGAAAUGAGUGAUGAGGAGAAAUUACCCCCCGGCUGGGAGAAGCGCAUGAGCCGCAGUUCAGGCAGGGUGUACUACUUUAACCACAGUACGAAUGCGAGUCAGUGGGAGAGGCCGAGUGGGGGUGGUGGUGGAGGGGCGGCGGUCGACAAGGUGCGCUGCUCUCAUCUGCUGGUCAAACACAACCAAUCACGCAGACCGUCGUCAUGGAGACAGGAGAACAUCACACGCACCAAAGAGGAAGCCUUGCAGCUCAUACAAGGGUAUAUAGAACAGAUAAAGUCGGGUGAGGAGGAGUUUGAGACGUUGGCGUCUCAGUUCAGUGACUGCAGCUCCGCACGCAACGGAGGAGACCUCGGCAUGUUUGGCAGGGGUCAGAUGCAGAAGCCGUUUGAAGAAGCCUCGUUUGCACUGAAGAUUGGAGACAUGAGCGGCCCGGUGUUUACUGACUCCGGUGUUCACAUCAUCCUGCGUACAGGAUAACUCUCAUUCUAUCCCCGUCAAUCCAUCCGUUCAUCCAUUCAUCCAUCUAUCUAUCCAUCUAUGCAUUCAUCCAGCAAUCUGUCUCUUUUCUGUUACAUACAGAACAAUCCAUGGACUUUAAUCCAACACACACACACACACACACACACACACACACACACACGUUACAUGCCACCUGGAAGUUGUUUACAAUAAAGUGACUGUAAUAGAAAUAAUCAAAUAUCACAAUAAAGUGAGGACAGUAAACACUCCUGUUUUUAUCCACAACACAGCACAGAUCAAAUCUUUCAUUUCAUUCUCUCUCUCUCUCUCUCUCUCUCUCUCUCUCUCUCUCUCAUAUGACCAUCACGACCUUCAUUAUGACCUAGACACGAUGUCCGUGUCAAACCUCUAGCGAUGGAUAAUUUGAACAAUAAAUAUCACAUGAUAAAUACA